AUGGGUGAUUUUGUAGUGAGGAGUUUGUUUCCUGUGCUGGUGUUAGUUGGAGCUGUUUAUUGCUCUGAACUAUGGCAACAGUUUCUGAGCCAGAGGUUUCCAUGGAGAAUAGUGAGAUCCACCCCUGUACCUGAGAGAGUCCCUCCUUGUGGGGGUCCCAUUGGUUCUAGUUUCAGAAUAUCUGAGGGUGGGAGUGUGUCUCCACUGCAGACUGUGAUGGUGCAGUGUGGAGAGCACAAGCUGCUGGUCAGGGCCCAGUUGGAUUUAUUUGGAAUCAGGCACUGGAUUAAAACUGCUGACCUGACCCUGGGGACAGUAGGUUGUCAACCAACCAGGAUCUACCCUGAGAAUCACACUGUCCUCUUUGACUAUGGCCUGCAUGAGUGUGGUAGCAGGUUUUGCCUCGUGGACAGCAAAGCCGAGGACUCCUUUUCAACCUUUGUGUUGCCGAGAGACGAGCGGGAGCUGGACAAGCUCCAGUUUGACCUGGAUGCCUUCCGCUUCUAUGGAGAUGAGCAUUUUAUCACCUGUCACCUGAAAGUUGCUGCAGUGGAUCAGGGAGAUUCCAGGAACAAAGCUUGUACUUUCCAGAAGCUGCACAAGAUCUGGACUCCACUUGAGGAAUCGAAUUCUGACAUUUGUGCCUGUUGUCAUGUGGGUAACUGUGGUAGCACAAGGGAGAUCGUGUUUCCUUCCCGAGGAAGGAGAGACCUUGGACCUGAAGCUGAGUGAAGCUGGAUUGAAGUGGGAGAGUGAGGCCUCCCUUGGCCCCCUGCUCAUUCUGGAUCCUGAGCUGACCAACCUGGCAACUGAGCCCCUGACUGAGGUUGAGCAAAGGAUGCAGGAGAGGUCUCCAGGAGGUGUGCAGUCUGAGCUGGUUGUGAUGGUGGCCCUGACAGUGACAGCUGUCUCUCUGAUCUCUGCUUCAUUGAUGGCCUGGUUCCUGUACAGGAACCACAAGCAAACUCCAGUCAACAGGAAA